UUACCAAAAACAAACGGUUCUUUUAUCCGACGAAAAUACCCUCACAGCGACGUCGCCCGUCUCUGUCUCGUCUCCCUCCCUCCCCACGCCAGGCCUGCUACCUUCCACUUCAUUGUUCCACAAACCUAGGGUUCCCUUAUAAAUCGUGUUUCAAUGGCUUCCAUACAAGGCUCACUCCCUGCAAUCUCCGCAAUUCGGUCGCGUCGAAAUUCGUCGUCUCCGUUUUUGUCUUCCCCAGCCACUGCUACUCCGCUGGUCUCCCCCGCUAGGUCGACGGAGACCCACCGCAAACGGUACGUCUGCCAGAGUAUUGGCCGGAGAUCCUUUUUCAGAGCAAUGGUUCAGCAGGCAGUACAGGGAGCUCCGGCAGCUUACGCUAAGGAAAUGGAGCGGCUUUCCGCGAAAGAAUCCCUUCUUCUCGCUUUUAAAGAUUCUGGGGGUUUUGAGGCUUUAGUGACAGGUAAGACUACAGAAAUACAGCGCAUCGAUGUGAAUGAGAGGAUAACUGCUUUGGAGAGGCUCAAUCCAACACCUAGACCAACUACAUCGCCCUUUCUGGAAGGUAGAUGGAAUUUUGAGUGGUUCGGGUCUGGAAGCCCAGGAUUAUUUGCUGCUAAAUUUAUAUUUGAGAGAUUUCCUUCAACUUUGGCUAAUUUGUCAAAAAUGGACGUGGCAAUCAAGGAUGGAAAUGCAAAGAUUACAGCGAACUUGAAAUUACUUAACUCGAUAGAAAGCAAAUUGAAUCUUUCCACCAGGUUAUCUGUGGAGGGACCGCUUCGAAUGAAAGAGGAAUACAUUGAAGGGAUUCUGGAGUCUCCAACAGUUAUUGAAGAAACAGUACCAGAACAGCUAAGAGGUGCUUUUGGUCAGGCAGUUAAUACAAUGCAACAACUGCCUGCUCCUAUUCGGGAUGCCGUUGCUAGUGGGCUGACAAUUCCUCUCAGUGGAACUUUCCAGAGAUUAUUCAUGAUUUCUUACCUUGAUGAUGAAAUACUUAUAAUAAGGGAUGCAGCUGGAGUGCCUGAGGUUCUAACAAGGUUGGUAGCGGCCCCGUCCUCCUUGGGAGAACCCAUUACAGAAUAUGAGAGUUAGGAAUUAAUUGUACAUGUAUGAGAAACUCUACUUCAGUUACCUUUUUGAAUUAAGAAUUACAUUUCAUCUC